AUACACACACACGGGAAGACAUCACAACAUCUAAGCUCCUCCCUAAUGCAGUGGGGGCUGGAGACUGAAAGUUGGGUGGAGACGUACUAAAGCAGGCACACCGUCCAGGUGAGCCAUCUUGCCACCAGCUGGGCCUUCUAAGCUUAAGUGGAAGCAGCUGGGAGGCAUAAGGAGCUGAAAACCCCCAAGGGGCCCAUGCAGUGCCUGGUAUGCAUGUGAGUGGGGAGGCUUCUCCUGACCUUUUCUCAUCCUCCUCUUCAUCACCCUGCUGGCCUUGUCCUCACUGUCCCCAUCUUCCAUGUGGCCCUUCCUCAGUCAUGCUCUCUUCCCACCCCCCUCUGAGGCCUGGCUCCAGAGUGCCUCUUGGGACCCAGAGGCCCAGGGCUGGGGGGCCUGGAGUGGGACUGAGAAGUGCUCUCUGGGGCUCGGGGGUGGGGACAAGGAAGAAGACAUCAGAGAUGCAGACUUCCUGCUUUCACUCUUGGAGAGGGAGAACCUGGCCAAGUGCCCCACACCUGCAGAGGAGCUGGAAGCCAUCAAGAGGAAGCUUUGGGCCAUGGAGCAGGCCAUGGGGCCACCGGAGCUGCCCAGAGCACAGGGUCAGAUAAGGGACAAGCAGAGUGCAGGCACUGGCCUAGCCCCUCCCCCAAUAUCCCAAGCAGGUUGCCUUGAGACCCCUCUACAGAAGGUGGAGGCUGACCACAGAUCUGUCUAUGUGGGCAACGUGGACUAUGGGGGCUCAGCUGAGGAGCUAGAGGCCCACUUCAACCAUUGUGGGAACAUCCACCGGGUCACCAUCCUGUGUGACAAGUUCUCUGGACACCCCAAGGGAUAUGCCUACAUAGAGUUUGCCAGUGAAAGCUCCGUGCAGGCUGCUGUGGGGCUGGACAGCAGUGUGUUCCGAGGCCGCAUCAUCAAGGCGAGUGUCUGAGCACAGGAUCCAUGGUAUGGUGUCUCCACGGAAACCCAUGGACCAGAAAUCGGGAGGACGGGACACAGUGCCCAACCUGGCCCUGCUCUGCUCUCUCUGGGUGGGGGACCUGAGACACCAAUAGCUUUGGCAAGAACAGGAGUCAAAAUUUGAGGGGUUUCACUCCCAAGCAAGACCCUCCUCCUCCAGGGAGGAUGUUGGUAUGGGGGCAGGCCAGGUAACCACAGUAGUAGAGGGACAGUUCAGGACUAGGUGAUGGUCUGAUGCCCAGACAGCCUGAUGCCCUGAAAAGUAACAGACAGUAGGGUCUGUGCCCACCUGCCUGUGAGCCCCCAGCAGAGAAACCCAAUCAGACUUUUUGGAAGAGGUGGCUUUAUCUCUGGGCUCUGGCGCCACACUUAAGGGGGUGUAGGUAGGCUGCCCAGUGAGACUACAAGAGCAGGAGUCUCAGGACUAACUCAGCUAUGGUUGCAGGUCCUGCCCAAAAGGACUAACUUCCCAGGGAUUAGCUCCACAGACCGCGGGGGCCCCAGGAGCCACCUAGGCACCAGGGGUGGACCCUACCUUCGCAAUGGCCUCCAAGCAGGGGCCCACUUCAGAUUUCAGGGACGGAACCGGGGCCGAGGAAAACUCUCACUGUGGUACUCACCCUAUUGAUGGGCUGACCUGGAGGGACCACAGGGACCCCGGGACAUUGGGUGCUAGGGUCACCCAGUUGUCCGUGGGGGAAUGGGAAUAGAAGGAGAUACAGGUGGUCAGCAGAGCUGCCCCCUGUGCAGACCCAGCUCUUUCACUCAGGGGACAAGGAAAGCAUUGGAACUCAGACCACCCCCACACCCCACUUGUCACAAGGCAAGAUGGUGGUGAUUGGCUCCAGGCAGUGAGAUGGGCAGGUCUGGGUUCUUCCACUAAUUCAUUUUAAGGAAAAGUCAGUGUGUCUUAAAGCAUAAAUUAUUAAACUUGAAUAUUUUUUA